AUGAAGAGGCGAUUCUCCUCAGCAUCUUCUCAUCUGGCGACGAAGAGGCGACGCCGGGGCGCUCCUGCUCCGUCGCGACCCUCACGCCCUUCUGACCGUGAAUACAUGCUGCUUCUGUUCGAGACACCCUCUGGCUUUGCAGUCUUCCGUUUUUGUGGGUCACUCAUUAACCCACCUAGAUCUCUGGAGGACAUAUGGCUUAAUUUCGCUGACAGUAACACGGCAAAAGGGGUUGUUUUGCUGAUGGAGUUCCAAACUUUUGAGGACAAGUCCAGUGCCAUUAAUCAGAACACUGGUGUCAGUGAAAGGCUUGCUGAGAUGAUCAGGGCGUGGCUCCCUGGGAAGAAAAUGGCAGUCGGAAAGCCUGAAUAUAAGGAAAUCAUUGAAGAGAGAUUGGAAAUAGAAUGCCUGUAUAAUGAACGGGUGAUGGAGGUAAUGUGGGGCAUACAGAAUUGCAUGCCAGGUUUGAUACCUAUAGAAAAAUCACAGCUGGCUAAAGAGGACCGCCUCCCGAGUAAGGGAUUGCAAGAAUUCUUGAAGUGUUAUGGCUGCAAUGUCAAACCAGAGAUGGUCAAUGAACAAAUUGUUGCGACGGCUUACGCAUUGUCUGAGUGUGAUUAUGUUGAGAAGAAAUAUUCUCUAGUCAUGCGCGAAGCAGGUGCUGUCAUUAAGGAUGUGUCUGGCAUCAGCUGUGAGGGUUGGAGCUUACUGGACAUUGCAACAGCUCUGAAGAUGAUAUGGAAGCCUAAAAAAGUUGGCAAUUCUUCUCUGGUUUCAAAAGAUGAGGCACUAAGAUUGGUGAACGAUGCAUCUAAAUAUGAAGCUCUGGUGAAUAAGUAUGCUCUUUUUCGAGCCUACAAAGAAAUAUUGAAAGCUCAUAAUGAUAGGAUCUCGAAAGAAGAACUAUUGAAAUCAUUGGUUGAGGGCCUGAAGAAACCAUAA